UCGGGUCGGGUUUCGAUCCGAACGCAGUGUUUGUUUAUGCCAACAAUUUGCGCUUCUCGUGACAAAUUUCUAGGGUUUUCCAGUUGGGGGGAGGGGGUGUUACAGUGUUGUGUUGUGUGUCUCCGAAACAGAGAGAUGAGAGGAUUGCAGGUAUCUUUGAAUCAGACGCAGAAGGUUAGGCUGGAAAGGGCUCUAGAGAAGCUGAAGGUAUUAUCGGCUUCGAAUGCUAAACCUAACGCAUGCGUUAACGUCGCCGACGCCAUCCCCGUCAACUUCGAAGACGGCGUGCUCAAGGGGCAUGGCACCACAGAACUCGAAGGUGAAGUGGUUGCCACGGUCUGUGGAGUGGUCGAACGCGUUAACAAACUCGUCUAUGUUCGCGCUUUGAGAGCCAGGUACAAGCCUGAAAUUGGAGAUAUCAUUGUGGGGCGUGUUAUCGAGAUUGCUCCAAAGCGCUGGAGAUUAGAGAUAAAUUUUAGGCAAGAUGCUGUAUUGAUGCUUUCUUCAAUGAACUUACCAGAUGGCAUCCAGAGGCGACGAACAGCGGUUGAUGAACUAAACAUGCGCAGCAUUUUUGAAGAGAAUGACGUUAUUUGUGCUGAAGUUCGUGGUUUCCAGCAUGAUGGUAGUUUGCACCUGCAAGCUAGAAGCCAGAAGUAUGGCAAGCUCGAUAGGGGACAAUUGCUCACCGUUCCGCCAUAUCUAGUGAAGAGGCGGAAACAGCAUUUCCACCACUUAGAACAGUAUGGGAUUGACCUGAUACUUGGAUGCAACGGAUUCAUCUGGGUUGGCGAACACACCCAAAUCAAAGACGAUAUGAUUGAGGAUCAGAGUAGUAAAGCCGAGCAACAACAUUCUAAACCCAGCAGAAACUCAAUGUCUCUCGAAGAACAAGAACGCACUUACACGCCGCUGGACAUCAGGCAAAACAUAUGCAGGAUUGCAAAUGCUGUCCGUGUCUUGUCGAAUCUAGACUUCAGCAUCACCUUAGAAGUGAUCAUGGAGAUUUAUAACUUGAGCAGCUCCCUGAAUAUCGACAUACAUCAGAUGCUCGGGCCAGAAUUCUGCGUGCUGGUCGCUGAGGCAGAGGCCGAACGGCAGAGCUUGGUUAAAAAGAAGCGGUAG